AUGUCUGCUCUGAGCUUUGCGUUUUCACCGGAGGCUACGGCCAAGGUGCAUGAUGCUUUGAUAUGUUUGGCCAAAUUUAGUGAGACAGUUUGCUUGGAAGCUCGUGGCGAUAUGCUCACUCUGACUGCACUGAACUCAUCAAGAACCUCAUAUGCUUCAUUUGCUCUGGAUGCGAAAACCUUUUUCUUAUCCUAUGAUUUCGGCCUAGGACAAGGUGCUAGAUUUACAUGCCAACUCUAUAAUAAGGCUCUUCUUGCUGUGUUCAAAAGUCGCAUGUCAGAUCCUCGUGGUGGUGACACGUCAAUAGACCGGUGUGAAGUCAGUGUGGAAGACAAGCCGAACAAGGUGCAGUGCCGUCUAGUUGUGAAGAUGGUGUGUAGACACGGUGUUACCAAGACCUACCGUUUGACAUAUGAAUCCGUGGAAAUCUCCCAUGCACUCUUCGAUAAGCACAACGCUCCGAAUGGCUGGAAGAUCUCCUCUCGCAUACUCCGCGAGUACAUCGAAUUUUUCGGAACCAAGACAGAACAACUUGAUCUACUAGUCAAAGAGGAGAAGGCCGUCUUCACCAGCUUCACAGAAAAGAUCAUGGAUGGCAAAGAAAUCCUCAAGCAACCACUAGAAACAGCCAUCUCUCUACACAUCCAAGACUUUGAUGACUUCCACGCCGAAGAAGACGUCCACAUAGUCAUCAAUGUCAAAGACUUCAAGGCCAUAGUAACGCACGCCGAGAGCCUGAAAGCGCCCAUGUCUGCUCAAUUCUCACGUCCUGGCAGGCCGUUGCUGUUCAGAUAUACCGAUAGGGGAUUGACCUCUGAGUUCAUACUCAUGACAACCGGUAUCUCGCAAGCGCUUCCUCCAGCAACAGCACCAAAACUUGCAUCCACCCGCCUAGGAGGUAUGCCUUCGAGGCAGUCUUCUCAUGCCGUGUCACAGACUGUUGGAAAUAGAAACACAGAAAUGGCACCUCCGCCAAAACCUGGUCCUGCUGGUGGUCUGCGCGAUCGACGAGUCUUGGGUAGUCUUGGGCGGCAAACUUCUCAAGCUACAACGACCUCAGAUGCGGAUCCCGACCCCGAAAGCCUGUUUAUGCCGCAAGGCGACGCAGACGAUAGGAGAUAUGAUCCAACGAAUUUUGAUGAAGAGCCAGAAGAGGAAAUGCUGGGCUGGGACGUCAAUGCAGAUAUUACUGGCGGUUUCCAUCCAACCUUCCGCGAUGCCGUUACUCAUGAGCCACCGCCUCUUAGCCAAAGUCUCAAUAGGGACACACAGGGUCUACCGCCUACACAAAGACUUUCCCAAGUAAGUUCGCCGUUGUUGUGUCUGGUGAUGUAG